AUGUUGUACAGUGAAAAGAGAAGAGGGCCAAGAACAGAUCCCUGUGGCACCCCUGCUGCCAGCUCAUGUGAUCUGGACACUCGUCCUUGCUAUGAUUCUCUGAAAGAUCUUCCUGCGAGAGGUCGGUACUGCAGUCAGAGACCAGAGUCUCCAGGAUCCAUCUGUCUGUCUAUGAAGAGUGACCGGUCCAUGGAAAAACCUGUAAACUUCAGUAAAGAACCUGGACCUUCAGACACAAAACGGAGCUCAUACCAGUCGGCUUCAUCGGAAUAUCUGGGAGAUGGAAUAAGAUCCAGAGCAAGUCCUCCACAAGCAGAUGCUGGUCUGCAGGAGGUCCUAGAUGAACAUAAGACCAGUCUGAGGAGCAGAUGUGAACAUGUGACUGAAGGAGUUGAUGAAACAGGAAGUAGAACCCCCCUCAACAGGAUCUACACGGAGCUCUUCAUCACAGAGGGACUGAGUGAAGAGGUUGAUACCCAACAUGAGGUGAGGCAGCUGGAGACAGCUUCCAGGAUGAAGAGCCUCCAUGACGCUCCAAUCAAGUGCCAGGACAUCUUUAAAGCCUUACCUGACCAACGUGGAGCCAUCAGAGUGGUUCUGACCAACGGCGUCGCUGGCGCUGGGAAAACCUUCUCGGUUCAGAAGUUCUCUCUGGACUGGGCCGAGGGCUGGGAGAACCAAGACGUCACCGUGGUGAUUCUGCUCUCGUUCAGGGAGCUGCACCUGAUCGGAGAUGAGCAGCUCAGUCUUCUCAGGCUGAUCCAGGUUUUCCAUCCAUCGUUACAGAAGCUCACAGCAGAGCAGCUGGCUGCCGGGAAACCGUUGUUCAUCUUUGACGGCCUGGAUGAAAGCAGACGUUCCCUGGACUUCUACAACGGUCCGGUCGUGUCUGACGUCACACAGAGCUCAUGGGUCAACGUGCUGCUGACCAACCUCAUCCAGGGGAACCUGCUUCCCUCAGCUCUCAUCUGGAUCACUUCCAGACCUGCAGCAGCCAACCAGAUCCCUCACAAACACGUGGACAGGGUGACAGAAGUACGAGGCUUCACCGACGGCCAGAAGGAGGAAUACUUCAGGAGGAGGUUCAGGGAUGAAGAGCGGUCCAGCAGCAUCGUCUCCCACAUGAAGACAUCCAGAACCCUCCACAUCAUGUGUCAACUCCCGGUCUUCUGCUGGAUCACUGCUACAGUUCUGGACCACAUGUUGACCACAGAGCAGACAGGAGAGCUGCCCAAGACCCUGACUGACAUGUUCUCCCACUUCCUGCUGGUCCAGACCAAGAGGAAGAAGAACAAGUACCAGGAGGGACAUGAGACGAGUCCACAGGAGCUGACGGAGGCUGACAGGGACCUUCUCCUGAAGCUGGGGAGGCUGGCGUUUGAACAUCUGGAGAAAGGAAACAUCAUGUUCUACCAAGAAGACCUGGAGCAGUGUGGUCUUGAUGUCCCAGAGGCCUCGGUGUACUCAGGAGUUUGUACCCAGAUCUUCAGGAGAGAGUGUGAGGUCUUCCAGAAACCCGUCUACUGCUUUGUUCAUCUGAGCAUCCAGGAGUUCCUGGCUGCAGUCUACCUGCUCCACUGUUGGUCCACCAGGAACACAGAUGUGCUGGAGAACUUCCUGGGAGAAAACUCCUCAGACUCAUCUUUGGAUGACUUCCUGAAGAGAGUCAUGCAUAAAUCCCUGUACAGUAAAAAUGGCCACCUGGACCUGUUUGUCCGCUUCCUUCAUGGUCUUUGUGUGGAGUCCAACCAGAGACUGUUAGGAGGUCUGCUGAACCAGAGGGAGAUCCGUUCAGAAACCAUCCAGAGAGUCAUCAACAACCUGAAGAAGAUGAACACUGACAGAAUCUCUCCUGACAGAAGCAUCAACAUCUUCCAGUGUCUGAUGGAGAUGAACGACCUCUCAGUUCAUCAGCAGAUCCAAGAGUUCCUGAAGUCAGAGAACAGAUCAGAGCAGGAAUUCUCUGAGAUCCAGUGUUCAGCUCUGGCCUACAUGCUGCAGAUGUCAGAGGUUCUGGAUGAGCUGGACCUGAUCAAGUACAAGACAACAUGGGGAGGUCGAUGGAGACUGAUUCCAGCUGUGAAGAACUGCAGAAAGGCUCGAUUAGUUGGUUGUGAUCUCUCAGGGACUCACUGUGAAGUUGUUGCGUCCGCUCUGAAGUCCAACCCAUCCCAUCUGACAGAACUGGACCUGAGUUGGAACCAGAACCUGCAGGAUUCAGGAGUGAAGGUUCUGUCUGGUGGACUGGAGAGUCCAAACUGUAGACUGGAGACUCUGAGGUUGGAGAGCUGCGGUUUGUCAGAGAUCAGCUGUUCUUCUCUGGUCUCAGCUCUGAAGUCCAACCCCUCCCAUCUGGAACAUCUGGACCUGAGCGGGAACAACAAUCUGCAGGAUACAGGAGUGAAACAUCUGUGUGGUUUCCUGGAGAGUCCAGACUGCAGACUGGAGACUCUGAGCUUGCAGCACUGCGUUCUGUCAGGGAUCAGCUGUUCCUCUCUGGUCUCAGCUCUGAAGUCCAACCCCUCCCAUCUGAAACAUCUGGACCUGAGAGGGAACUGCCUGCAGGCUGCAGAUGUGGAGCAGCUAUCUGGUCUGGUGCAGAGUCCACACUACCAGCUGCAGACUCUCAGGUUGAGUGGCUGUAACCUCUCAGAGGACAUCUGUCCACUUCUGUCCUCAGUUCUCAGCUCUCAGUCCUCCAGUCUGACAGAACUGGACCUGAGUAAGAACGACCUGCAGGAUUCUGGACUGAAGAAGCUGUGUCCUGGACUGGAGAGUCCACACUGUCACCUGGAGUCUCUCAGGUUGAGUGACUGUCAGCUCUCCGAGGACAUCUGUCCACUUCUGUCCUCAGUUCUCAGCUCUCAUUCCUCCAGUCUGACAGAACUGGACCUGAGUAAGAACGACCUGCAGGAUUCUGGACUGGAGCAGCUGUGUCCUGGACUGGAGAGUCCACACUGUCACCUGGAGUCUCUCAGGCUGUCAGGCUGUCUGAUCUCAAAGGAAGGCUGUGAUUUUCUGGUCUCAACUCUGAGCUCCAACCCCUCCCACCUGAGAGAGCUGGACCUGAGCUACAACCAUCCAGGAGAGUCAGCAGGGAAGCUUCUGUCUGGACUGGAGGAUCCCCGCUGGAGACUGGACACUCUCAGGGUGGAGCCUGCUGGACAACAAUGGUUGACACCAGGUCCAUGGAAGUAUUCCUGUCAACUCACCGUCGACACAAACACAGUCCACAACAAGAUCAAACUGUCUGACAACAACAGAAAGAUGAUGUAUGUGGAGGAGGAUCAGUCAUAUCCUGAUCAUCCAAACAGAUUUGAUUACUAUCAUCAGCUGCUGUGUAGAGAAGAUCUGACGGGUCGCUGUUACUGGGAGGUCCAGUGGAGCGGACAUGUUUCUGUAUCAGUGAGUUACAGAAGAAUCAGCAGGAAAGGAAACUCUGAUGACUGUUGGUUUGGAUGGAACCAUCAUUCCUGGAGUCUGGAAUGUUCUGAUCAUGGUCGGUACUGGGUCUGUCACAAUAACAGAGAAACAUCCAUCACCUCCUCAUAUCCAUAUUCAGUCUCUGACAGAGUAGCAGUGUACGUGGACGUUCCUGCUGGAACUCUGUCCUUCUACAGCGUCUCCUCUGACAGACUGACCCUCCUCCACACCUUCAGCACCACAUUCACUGAACCUCUCUAUCCUGGGUUCUGGUUUGGUUCUGGUUCUUCAGUGUCUCUGUGUUGA